GCCAAAUAUUGGAGGGUGGAAGAUACCCAAGAUGCCGCCAAGCCCGGCCCCACAGGUGACAAAAGAGCUGAUCAUGCAGAAGACGGGCUGCAAACAGCUUUCUGAUGUUGAAAAACUGGAUUUGUCAGAUCUGGGUUUAGAGAAGAUAGAUGGAGACCUCUUCUCUCGGAUGUCCAACCUGCAGAACCUAAACUUAUCAAGAAAUAAACUGGCAGCAUUUCCAGAAGACCUUGGGCUUCACAAGUUACAUACACUAGAUGUGAGGGACAACCACAUGAGGUCCUUCCUGUCCCUGUCACAGUUCCAGGAGCUGCAACAGGUCAACAUACAGGAUAACCCAUAUACUGCGGCAGACAGAGAACAGCUGACCUUCCUCCUCCCCAGACUGGUGUCAGUGGAUGGUGAAACAAUCCAGGACACCCACAGGCAGUAUCUGAAGAGGGUGUUUGGGACUUCUCUGGAAGAAAAGGUGGAAGCCCUGUGGGAGAACCAGUACAGGAAGAUGUUCAACACGAGUCAGUCUGCAGGUGUACAGCGUCUGCUACAGGACCAGUUCAUCCAGACGGCCAAACAGAAGAUACAAGCCGGGCCUGCCUCAAUGGUGCAGCUGAGGGACUGGAGGAUAGAAACUAUUGCAGGCAAGCUUGUAGCUGAGCAGGACCUGAACGUUGUCAAAGGAGAAGCCAGCAUGUCAUCAAAAAGGUCACAUGAUGAUGACUCCACCACCAAUGGGGGAUCAUCCGAUGUGGUAGCGCCAAGCAAGAAACUAAGAAGUGUAACUUUUAAAGACGAUGCAGCUGAGGACAUUUCUCAGACUGUCAGUAGCAGGAAUGGAAGAGUUAGGAUUGAGAUUCUUCCUAAGACCCUUGGGACAACACUUGCAAAGAGAACAGUGAGAAAACCUGUCACAAAAAGGGGGAGUCCUGCUAUCACAGUGUGUAGUAAGGAGAGCACAGCAGACUAUGAGCCCUCCCACAUUCUUCAGUGUCACUCGCUGAAGAAUAACAGGGACGACAUGAAGACAAUGGUCUGGAAGUGUGUCUUUGAACCAGAUCCUGAUAACACAGACAAAAGCACUUCUAUUGUGGCCACUUGUGGUGGGGAGUCUGUCUGUCUGUUGGACUGCAGGACAGGCAAAAUUGUACAGAAGUUCACUCAGCCAAAAGAGGAAUUCUUCUGUGUCACUUGGAUGACAAUUCGUGUUGAUGGCAAAAGUGAGAAGAUGACUAACAUCCUAGUUGUGGGAGGGAAGAGGGGGAAGAUUUACCUGAUCCAUCCCCAACAGAACAUCUGGUACGCUGAGCAUGAGGCACAUCGCAGGGACAUGUGCUCCAUGGUGGUGCACCCAGACCAACCUACAUGGAUGUACACUGGCUCCUAUGAUAAAACCAUACGUCUGUGGGACAUCAGUCCACCCAAGCUGCCCAACUACGAGUGCAGAAUCAGGAAACUAGCGGAGUGGUCCCCACCUUCCAUCCCCCUCCACAUGCUGUUGUUUCCAGACCGUAACCUACUACUCGCUGCCUGCAGGUCCGGCUGUUUUGGCUUCAUGUUGAACCACAAGGAGGAUGACUGGAAGAAGACCUACACUACAGAGUUCACCUUCCCAAAGGUGAAGAAGUGCACAGAGGAUGGACAGGAGGUGGAGACAGAGUUCAUGGAUAAUAUGACCUUGAUUUCUUCAGAGGUCAUUGCCUCCAAGUUGGUGGGGCAUGGGUGCAUCUACCUGUGGAACUUGCCAGAAACCCUAAAACGCGGUGCCAAAAUCAAGGUCAAGGGACCUAAAUCCUUGAAGGUUCAGCCAGUGGCUCAGUUGGAGUGGAGCAAGACAUUCAUCGACUACAUCUACUUCAAGAUGUGGCCUGGCUAUGAUGUGUUGGUGUGCGGCGAUGAUGUGGGGAACACCUGGAUGUACGACGUCUCCAAGUUUCUGACCAGGAAAUAUCCUGAGGACACACCUGUCCCACCUGCACAGAAACUGUUCUGGCCAGACUGCACUUGGAAUGGGACCAGGCUAUCAAGGGAGUCAGAUGAAGAUGAGGUUCUCACUGUAGAUUCCCCAUCCUCCAGCUUGUCUGAAACAAAGCUGCCAAGUGUGAAUGACGUUGCCAUCAGCUCCAGUGGAGACUACAUCGUAGGUGUGACAGACUGUAACCUGGUCUUUGUGUGGAGAAAAAACAAGGCAGCUGUGUAAUGGGGGAAGAAAGAAGACUUUUAAUGGAGGAUGAAACAAGACUGUAAUGGAAGAAGAAACGAGACUGAUAAAUUCCACUCCAACCGAGUCCUUUGUUUUGUUGCAAUCUCCUGUUCACAGUUAUUUACACUGUUGAUACCUGCAUUAGAAGACUAGGUACUGAAGCUGAUUGUUUAAAUGUUUAACCUCUUUUUUGCUUAACAAAAAUGCUUUGUUGUGGAGAUAUGAAGGGCAAAGUUGAAUCUGGGAGGAGAAAUAAGAGUACUGGUGCUACAUGUAAUAUAUAGCACUACAAUAUCUGUAUUUUGUAUCUUUUUGUAAACAGGCACAUUUUAAUUCCCAAGGUCUUCAGUCUGCAUGUACAAAAUUUUAGGUGUAGACAGUAUUGCAGACUUAAUGUUUGGUGGAUAUUGUUUUGCUGCCCAUUCCCGAUUGGUCAACAAACUGAACUGGAUAUCUGACCAAGAUUUUCUGUGAAGUCACCAUCUUUAAUUCUAUUUAUGUUUUAGGAGGUGCUUUUAUUUUUUGGGUUUCUGCCCUGCCCAGCAUUAAGUUUUACUUGCAUCAAGUUUCAUUUUAUAUUUUUUUAAUAGGUUUAAAGUAUGUGUUGACUUUGACUUUGUUCACUGCCUUCCUAGUUUCGGUUCACAAUAGUUUUCUUGGAAAAUUUUAAGAGACUUAAAAAUAAUUUUUUUACCACAAUGCUGUUAACAUAUCUAUUUAUGUUAUUGCUAUUGGUCUGUUACUUGUUCUAUACAGUGGAUUCCAAAUAUUUGUAUUACGCCUUUUGGAUAAUUCGGGUAAUUGCAUAGAAUUACAAAAUCCAAAACCAUUUACCAUUCAAUACAAUUAAGCGGAUUCCACUGUAUUACACAGAUAUGUGUCUUUUUCGAAAAAAAACCCACAUGUGCAAGUCUAAGCACAUAGUUUAAUCUUAGUAAGGAUGUUAAUGUACAUAUAUUGUAUGUACUACUUUGUAGUCUUUAAUUCCAUUAAGUCCAUCAUAUGCAUGGCAAGUUACUUGGCAAGAGAGGAAUUGUUUGACAGAAAAUGGCCUGUGUAAAGUUCAAACAAAUAAACCACUGUCCGACAGUUCUGACAAAAA